AUGGUAUUUGCUCGCUCCGCUACACGGUCACUGCACCGUCCCAUCUCCUCCUUGCUUGCUGGUCAAGCUGCUGCCGCCCGCCGAACUGCUACACCCUCAGUCGCCGGCUUUGCCAAACGCACACUGACAGCUUCUGCUGCUCGACAGGGAAAAGUUCUGUUGGUUCUCUAUGAUGGCCACGAGCACGCUCGCGACCAACCUCGUCUCCUAGGUACCACCGAGAAUGAGCUGGGCCUGAGAAAAUGGCUCGAGGAUCAAGGUCACGAGCUCGUCACCACCUCCGACAAGGAGGGCGAGAACUCUAAAUUUGACCAGGAACUCGUCGAUGCUGAGGUCAUCAUCACCACACCUUUCCAUCCUGGUUACCUGACCGCUGAGCGCCUGGCAAAGGCAAAGAAGCUCAAGAUUGCCGUCACCGCCGGUAUUGGAUCUGACCACGUCGACCUGAACGCCGCCAACAAGACCAACGGCGGUAUCACCGUUGCCGAAGUCACUGGCUCAAACGUCGUCUCCGUCGCCGAACACGUCGUCAUGACCAUCUUGACCCUGGUCCGCAACUUCGUCCCAGCCCACGAGCAGAUCGAGCGUGGCGACUGGAACGUCGCCGCUGUUGCCAAGAACGAGUACGAUCUCGAGAACAAGGUUGUCGGUACCGUCGCUGUUGGCCGCAUCGGUGAGCGUGUUCUCCGAAGACUCAAGCCCUUCGACUGCAAGGAGCUUCUGUACUUCGACUACCAGCCCCUCAAGCCGGAAAUUGAGAAGGAGAUUGGCUGCCGAAGAGUUGAGGAUCUCGAGGAGAUGUUGGCCCAGUGUGACAUUGUUACCAUCAACUGCCCGCUGCACGAGAAGACCCGUGGUCUGUUCAACAAGGAGCUGAUCAGCAAGAUGAAGAAGGGCGCAUGGCUCGUCAACACCGCCCGUGGCGCCAUUGUCGUCAAGGAAGACGUCGCCGAAGCACUCAAGUCUGGCCAGCUCAACGGCUACGGUGGUGAUGUGUGGUUCCCGCAACCCGCACCCAAGGAGCACCCACUCCGAACUGCCAAGAACCCAUGGGGUGGCGGCAAUGCCAUGGUUCCCCACAUGUCCGGUACCUCGAUCGAUGCCCAGGAACGGUACGCGGCUGGCACCAAGGCUAUCCUGACCAGCUACUUCUCCGGCAAGCAUGAUUACAGACCCGAGGACCUCAUCGAUGGCGAUUAUGCCACAAAGGCCUAUGGGCAAAGAAACCCUGUAAACAAGAAGUAG